UCAACCUUGCUUAACCCAGCUGUAAUUUUUUCUCCUGCAAUGGAGAAAUACGAGAAGUUAGAGGUGGUGGGGGAAGGUACAUACGGCAAAGUUUACAAGGGAAGAGACAAAUUGACUGGACGAAUGGUGGCGCUAAAAAAGACGCGCUUUGUUGAAGAUGGUGUUCCUCCGACUGCCAUUAGGGAGAUUUCUCUGCUCAGAAGUCUCUCGCACUGUAUAUACGUUGUCAAGUUGUUGGAUGUUGAUGCUUCAUUUACUGGCUCUGGAAAGCCUGUAUUAUUUAUGGUAUUUGAGUAUGCAAAUUGUGAUCUCAGACAAUACAUAGAUAAAUGCCGCCGAAGUGAGACCAAAUUGACUGUAAAAUCUAUUCAGAGUUUCAUGUAUCAACUAUGUAAGGGCAUCACUUACUGUCACAGCCAUGGGGUGCUUCACAGGGAUUUGAAACCACAAAAUAUAUUAGUAGAUCAAAGAGUGGGGCUGCUUAAAAUUGCAGAUCUUGGACUGGGAAGAUCUUUCACUGUACCUAUUAAGAAUUACACCCAAGAGGUUGUUACUUUAUGGUAUCGAGCCCCUGAAGUGCUGUUGGGUACCAAACACUAUUCUACAGCAAUAGAUGUGUGGUCUCUUGGCUGCAUCUUUGCUGAAUUAUGUAAUAUGAAAGUACUUUUUAAUGGAGAUUCUCAGAUACAACAGCUUCUAAAGAUCUUCAGGUUGAUAGGAACUCCUAAUGAACAACUAUGGCCUGGAGUGACCCAGCUUAAUCACUGGCAUGAAUUUCCUCAAUGGAAGCCUCAAGAUUUUUCCAAAAUUGUUUCUAAUUUGGACUCAAAUGGAUUAGAUCUUAUUUCUAGGAUGUUGCAGCAUGACCCUGCAAGGAGGAUCUCAGCAAAAGCAGCACUACAUCAUCCAUAUUUUGACAGUUUGGAUAGGUCACAAUUUUGAUGUAGUUUCAGAUGGUUGUAGCUCGAUUAGUUAUUGCUAGUAACCUUGCAUUAACAUAGGCAAUCAUGUGUGCACAAAAGCCCUAUAUAGAUAUUAUAAAUCAUUGUAUAACUCAAGCUUUGGAAAUGAACCUUCGUGGAAAAGAAAUUUGGAGAUCCAUCUAAAGCAACAGCUACAAUGUCUGUUAUAUUUAUUGCAAUGGCCUGGUUACCCAGUUGAAAUGCCUGGUGUCCAGGUGACUAACAGCCAUACCUCUAUCCUACAUAAUUUAUUAGUUAGCAAA